CUUACCUUGUGCUUUGUGCGGUGAGGGCGGACAGCCCUCAAUUGAAGAAGCGCGAAGCGACGUUUCAUAGUGGUCCUGAUGUCGAUACCAGUGCUUUGGUCAUGGCUUGCGAAAUAUGCAAGAAAGCGACGUGGAAAUGGACAAAGAAGCCAUGCAUAUCGUGGAAUGGACUCUGGGGAUAGAAGUUUUAUUACUUGACCGAUGGGAGUGGUAGGAGGAAGCAGAAAAUCAGACGGUGUGUGAAUCCCUUCUGGAAAUGAGAGCUUUGAUACCGGAUUACGAGUGGCUCCAUUCGUCACUGAGUGCAGGAAUCCAUAAACGCAUCUGGGCUUUCUGUUCGCCCUGACCACUGUCUCUCACAUCAAACGGAGCAGGGCGCGUCGAUUGAGACAGUGGGCGACACAGACUACAUAGUAUGCGUUUAAAAAUAAGUGGGUAUCACUCAAGUCCAGCCGGAAUAAUAUUCCGAGAGUGGGAUCUCACUUCUGCGAAGGGCCAGUCCUGCCAUAUGAGUCGACCACGACUGUCGCAACUCCCACCCUGAGGCGGCUCCGAGCUAGCGGGUUGCUAUUCUUAGAGCUUGUGCCUGUCGUUCUUUCGCUAGCAACGGUUUUCCACACAGUGCCCCGCCCAGUGGUAUACGGUCCCGUUAUUCUCGUCUUCUUCCCACGUCGGCGUCCUUUACUAAUACCGUCGACUUUAUGGUUCCUCCCCCGUCUUGUUAUGCCCGCUUGACAUGGGAAAAUCCUGGGCUCGUUAUGCUGUGGCCUCAAAGAUAAUACCAAUGAUCAAUAUACGUCUGAUCUAUUUUGGUUCUCGUGACGAUCCAUAUGGCGAUCCUAAUGACGCGUCGAUCGGGCUUGUUCCAGAAUUUGCACGCAGGAUGUACUUACCCGCACUGAACAAGGGCUGCUCAACUCGUCACUGAAGAUGCCGCACUUAACAUGGCAAAAAGCAGUAACCGGACUUGUCGGGACACAUUACCGGCAUUGGUCUAUUGCACUUGACUCCAGUUCUAAGAAUGUUUUCGAAUCCCUUGCACCGCAUUCUCUAUGUUGGCUUCGCGUCUAUACAUCAAGUAUUUGACCGUUCCACUGGAACAAAGGUAUAGAUGGCCCUGGCGUUGAGCGCACUUGUCUCCUCCCACGUCCAUUGUGUUGCAUCAUCCAUCCUUACUCACUCAUCUGAUGAAUGCAAGGCCAUGUAGACUCAUCCAAUCAUCGACGACAUGUUUCAUUCGUCCUGCAGGUAUAAA